UAUAUGAUUAAUAUAAUGAUUAAUAUUGAGUGAUAUAAGAUAUUGAUAUAAGAGAAUAUUCAUAUAAGAGAUAAUGAUAUAAGAUAUAUUGACAUAGGAUUGAUAUUGAGAUUGAUAUAAGAGAUACUGUUUUGCAAAUAACUGAUCUGAGAAGUCAGUAUUGUUAAUAUGGCUAUGACAAUACCUACAGAUACGAGCACAUGCUCAAUCAGAACUAUUAUGUUAGAUCAGAAUAUCACAAAAGAUCCUGAUUCUUUAUUGCCGGAAUCUUCAAUUCCUCUGACCUUUGACUCAAUUUUGGACAAAAUAAAAUCAUCUACCAUCGAUGAUAAACAUCCAGUUACUCAAAUAAACUUGAUAUAUGAAAACUUAAUGGAACUCUUUAUGUCUGAAAGAUGUAAAACUAAAAGAUGUAAUAAAAGAUGCAAUACAAAACUUCUCCCGAAAGAAGUGCUCACGGUAGUUUCGGAACAAAUGCAACUACUCAAAGAUAUUGCAAUUAAUCAAUGCAAAAUUAACCAAGAUAUUCUAAAUGCACCUACAUAUGAAGUAAAUAGUUGUAAUGUAACAUCACAAAUGCAUGGCAAUUUAGGUCAUCAUGCUUGCUGUCAUAAUGGAGUCUUCCUAGGUCACAACCAAACACAUGGAUUUCUGCAAAACGUUGACAACUUAAAUACUCAUUCCGCAAUCCCAUUCGCCAAGAAAACAAGACUCCCCAACAAUCUUGAUCUCUCCAAAAAAUGA